AUGGCCUUCUCUUCUCUUUUCAGAUCUGCCGCCACUUCCGCCGUUGCUCCUCGUGUCGAGCUUUAUACAUCGCCGUCAUACGAUCAUUUUCAGGUCGCGUCAAGUCUUGGAUUCAGUCACAACCUGACCUCGUCCAGAUUCUCUGGUGCUGCGGUUUCAACUGGGUCAUCUUCAUCUUUACAAAAAUGCAAUGCGAGAAGUGUUCAACCUAUCAAGGCAACAGCCACAGAAGCACCUCCUGCUGUUCACAGGUCAAGGAGCAGUGGAAAGACAAAGGUUGGGAUCAAUGGUUUUGGUCGGAUUGGAAGGCUGGUCCUUCGCAUCGCAACUUUCAGAGAUGAUAUUGAGGUUGUAGCAGUCAACGACCCAUUCAUAGACGCCAAGUACAUGGCUUACAUGUUCAAGUAUGAUUCUACUCAUGGAAAUUACAAAGGAACCAUCAAUGUUAUUGAUGAUUCCACUUUGGAGAUCAAUGAAAAACAGGUCAAAGUUGUCAGCAAAAGAGACCCAGCUGAAAUCCCAUGGGCUGAUCUUGGAGCUGAGUAUGUUGUUGAGUCUUCGGGAGUAUUCACCACCCUUGCACAAGCUUCAUCACAUUUGAAGGUGGUGCAUGAGGAAUUUGGAAUUCUCGAAGGCUUGAUGACAACAGUCCAUGCAACCACAGCAACUCAGAAAACUGUGGACGGCCCAUCAAUGAAAGACUGGAGAGGAGGCCGAGGCGCCAGUCAAAACAUCAUUCCUAGCUCAACCGGCGCUGCAAAGGCUGUUGGUAAGGUUCUUCCAGAACUCAAUGGAAAACUAACGGGAAUGGCUUUCCGUGUCCCAACACCAAAUGUUUCUGUUGUGGAUUUAACUUGUCGACUUGAGAAGGAUGCAUCUUACGAAGAAGUAAAGGCAGCCAUAAAGUUUGCUUCCGAAGGACCACUUAGGGGCAUUCUUGGGUAUACAGAAGAAGAUGUCGUCUCCAAUGAUUUCCUCGGAGAUUCAAGGUCAAGUAUCUUCGAUGCUAAUGCUGGGAUUGGAUUAAGCAAGUCCUUCGUGAAACUUGUCUCCUGGUAUGACAACGAAUGGGGUUACAGCAACCGAGUCCUUGACCUGAUAGAGCACAUGGCGUUAGUUGCAGCCAGCCGCUAA